UCGUUCCAAUCUGUCAUUGCGAUACAGAGCAAAAACCGUGUGCUGCGCCUGUAGUGUUUCGUAAGAACUUUCCUCACAUACCGGGUUAAAAUCAGACGAAAAGAUCUAGUUUCAACGCAUUUAGUUGAUGUAGCGCAUAAUUUCCAGCAGCUACACACGAUUAUGCGCCUCGGACAUCUGGGCAAGAUCGGAAUAGGCUGGGCCAUCAUUAGUGUGCUGGGCAUCGGAGCAUUCGUUGCGUCGAAACAAUCGGUAGACAAGAAUCGGUAUGAGAAUAUGAAAAUUCGUGAACGAAUGCGCCAAUCGAACGUUGGACAAUACGAAGUAAAGGAAGCACGACGAUUCGACGUUUAGUGGA